GCGACGCUCUGCGCUCACUCAGUAACUCCAGGGCCCCACGUGUGAUCAUCCCGCCCCUGCCCGUUCAUCCCACACAGCAUCUGCAACAAACCAACCAUCAUCGCCACCACCAACAUCAUCAACAGCACCAUCGCUAUCAUCAUCUACCUUGGCAUUAAUGGUCGCAGCAGUUUUGGGCGGCGCUCUUAUCAAUGCCAUCAUCAUCGCCACCAACAUCAUCAUCAUCACCAACAUCAUCACCAACAUCAUCAUCAUCACCAACAUUAUUUGAGAGGUCGCAAUAAGCAGCAACAGCAUGUUAAUAUUGCCACAUAAAUAAUCAUCAAAAAUCGUCGUCGUCAUCAUCAUAAUCACAACUUUUGGUUAUUAUCCGUCGCGAAGUUUCAUUAUAAUCAUCAUCACCUUCAUCGUUAUAAUUUAUCAGUAUCAAUAACCACGGAGCUCUUCGUCAUUACACAUUGCAGUACUAGUCAUUACAUUUCAAAAUAACAAUCACCAUCAUCACAGUAUGUAUUCACAUUCGUCACGGAUGCCGUCUUAAGCACAUCAUUUAAUAUUGAUGACGGUUCAUCACAAUCAUCAUCAUAAGCAGCAACGUGAUCCUCCGAAUCAAUCAUCGCCGCCCCACGAUGUUCAACCACACCCAGUACCCUUACAACUGCUUUAACUUCGACGACGAUGAUGGGCUGGAAGACGGCGACGAUAAAAGAUCGAGACCGCCAUACAGCUACGUGGCUCUGAUCGCCAUGGCGAUCCGGCAGAGCCCAGAGCGUCGCCUCACUCUCGCCGACAUCUACGACUUCAUUCGCUGCAGCUUCCCCUUCUACCGCUCGGGCACCGCUUGCCGCCAGCAGGCGUGGCAAAACUCUGUGCGGCACAACCUCUCCCUCAACAGCUGCUUCCGCAAGGCGAGUGCCAAGGCCAGGAGGAAGCGCAUCGAGUCCAUCCUGGCGGAGCGAGGGUUCUCGACGCCGGCGGCCGCCGUCACGUGGAGCGCGCCCGGCUGGUCCGUGCCGGCCCUCUCGUACGGCCACCCAGGGCCCGGCGUGGUCGCCCACCACGACACCGCGUGGUGA